AUGGUGAACCAGGCUGAUAUGGCUAUUGACUCUUCCUCUGUUUUGCCUUUGCAGAAACAGGGGGACAAGGACGCGACGACAGAGACGCAGCCCGAGCAACCUUUGACAAUGAGCACCAGUCAACAAAGCUUGACCUACGCCAAAGCCGUCUCGGGAGGGUCGACAGCGAAUAGGAACCAGAACCCGGCGAUUCAAUGGACCCCGGUGGGGGAACAUGACCUGGUGACUGGUGAACGCAAUGGGGAACCUUCACUGCAAGUCUCGGCCGCUUUCAAGGCAAAGCUGUGUGCUCCGUGGCAGAAAACGCUUGUAGUCAGGUUACUAGGCCUGCGGAUAGGCUUUGUUACUCUGUGUAACCGUCUGAAGAAUCUGUGGCGUCCGACGGGCAGCAUGGAGGUCAAGGAUCUCGACCAUGAUUGCUAUCUGGUGAAGCUGGAUAAUGAACAUGAUUACCUCAGAGCGUUGACGGAUGGGCCUUGGGUAAUUUUCGACCAUUACUUAGUGGUUCAGCAAUGGUCCCCGAAAUUCAAAGCCUCUGACCCGCUUCCCAGGACGAUGAUCGUCUGGGUUCAGUUCCCAGCGCUGAAAAUCCAUUUCUACCACAAAGAGGUUCUGACCACGUUAGGGAACCUAAUAGGCAGGACCAUCAAGCUGGACUACCAUACGCUGAACCAGGAGAGAGCGAAGUUCGCUCGGCUGGCAGUGGAAGUCGACCUGUCGAGACAUCUGGUUCCGCGGAUUUGGCUCGACGAUGAGUGGCAGAAGGUGGAGUACGAGAAUCUUCCGGAGGUUUGUUUCGAGUGUGGGAAGAUCGGACAUUCAUCAUCGUCCUGCCCGCAGCUCUUGUCGGUCGUUCCCCUUAGCCAAUCAUCGCCGCUGGACGUGUCGCCGACAUCUCCAACCACCGCCGACGACCCCAACCCGGGCUUCGGCCCAUGGAUGCUGGUAACCAGGAAGUCUCGGCGUAAUCCAAGGGAUCUGCAACGAAAAGGGAAAGUUGAGAAUGGGUUGGGCAAUCUGGGCAAUCAAAGCCCGAUCUCGGUCUCCAAAGAUGGAAAGAACGGGCCAGCGGUAAGGGAAGGAAACUCGACCUCACCACCCCUUUUCACUCCCAACGGUCACUUACCUCCUAAGAACCCAUCUCAGGAAAAAAAAGGAAACAAUGACAAGAAGAUCAGUGAGGAAACUAGAAAGGGGAAGAGUAAAGUGGUUAGCGAAGGAAAUAACAAAGGGAAGGGUUUGCUUGGGGCCGGGCCCAAACCGUCUAAGAAAGGGGAUGGCGGGCCGAAGCAGGUUUCGGUUGUGGGGCCCUCUUCCUCAUCAGGCCACGACUUGGGCCUGGAAAUGUUGGAUCGGAACGCACAGGAGGAUGGGGCAGCCCAAGAACCUCACGGGGAAUCAAGACUCACGAUGUCUCAAACGCUGGCCAUUCGAACCGUAACAGGACAGAAUGGGACAGUGAUGCAGAUUGUAGAAGACAUUCCACCAGUGGGGCAAGGCGCGGUCACAAAGAACUCCUCGCCGUCGGUGGCAUAG